AGGCAUCGACUUAGAGACUGAAGUGCGUUGUCGCCGUCGUCGUCGUCACCGUGGAAGGAUUUACCCUCCACCAUCGCCUUAUUUGAGGGAGUUCUGACGAGAACGAACCUGCAGUGCAAAUUGGCAAUAUAUUUGGAAGCAGCAGUGAAACCCACCUAGUUCGCCAUAGCUCCUCAUCGCCAUCGCUCUGCUCUGGCAAGUCAAAUGCGUCGCUCAUGAUUCUUUCCUUCCUUCUCUCGAGUUUUCAAGUUGUUUUUCUCUCGGUUAUGGGCGCCAGCAUAGCUACCACGAGGCCUGGGUGAAUUGUCCACUGCUGGAUGCCCUGUUCCCCUGGUUAUCAUCGUCGCCACCUUGCUAUCCUUCUAUAUUAUCUGUGUCUACACCCGCGCUAAAUUCUCGUCAGAUUUUUGGUAUUUUGAUACACUCACGAAAUCCCACUGCCACCCAGAUUCGAUUCUGCGCGGAUUUGGAGUUCUGGAGGGUAGGAAUAGCGAUGGGCGACAAGAUUGGGCACGGAGAGUGCUGAAUUGAAACUGUGUUUUUCCGCCAAGAAGAAUUACGAGAGAGGUGGGUUUUGUGGGAGAUUGGUACAGCCGAUAACCCUGAGGAAGUGGACGAGUCGAUGGUGUUCGUAGUCUGCACAGCGCCAGAGCGAAUCUUCUUCUUCUUUUGUUUCGUAGUUUUAGGUUGAGGCAAUUCAAUCAUGAAGAUAAAGGAUACCGCAGUGGAUAUCCUGCGGCAAGCAUUCAUGUCUAGAGAGGACUACGAUGAACUGCGGGAAGAGGAGAAAGUGUGGAGGAAGCUGCAAAAGCCAUUGUGUAUGGUAGCAUUUACAGUCGUGUGGACAGCAGUGGUGAUUGCGAUGAUGAUCAUGGUGUAUGUAGUGUUUGAAGUCAGUGACCAGAAGUACCCGUUUUGCCAGAAAAGACGCCUGCCUUCCUACAAUUUGGCUGGUGAUGCCUCUGAUCGUGGUGAUCUUCCUUCUUAUGUGUACACCGAGGAAGAAGCUGUCGAUGCUUUCUGGAUGGUCGCGUUUCUUCCAACCUCGGUCGUUUAUGUCUUCUCCAUCAUCUACUUAUUUGCAGGAAUUUCAGUGGCCUAUACAGCUCCGCAAAGGCAUGGUUGCUUGAAAGUUGUGGAGAAUGACUGUUGUGCAUCAAGGCGAGGUGGUGUGCGUUGUCUAUCAAUGCUCAAUGUAGCAUUCAUGAUAACUUACGUGUUCCUUUCCGUAUUCUUGGGCAUCUUCACUUUGGGAUUGGGCACUUCAUGCUCCAUUGCGCUGUUCUGGUGUUAUGAAGUGACAUGCUGGUGCCUCGUCAUCCUUUUAGGCGCCACUGCUUUCUUUCUACAGAGAAAGGCUGCAGUAAUAAUGGACGCUGGCGAAUACUAUGGUCACCACGAGAGGGGCGUUGAGCUGCUGGAAGCUAUUGCCAUCACUCCUGAGAUGGAGGGUCUUAUUGCAGCUGGAUUCAAGUCUUGGAUGGGGCCAGCCGACGCUAUUCUCUCGGACGAUGAAGAGAGUGGAACUCACCGUGUUCAUGAUGGUCUAGACGUGGAUGGUGUUUGGGAGGGUGAUGCCACCGAGUAUGUCGAAGCUCCUGAUUAUCUGCCGCGGUCAACAAUAGGCUGACAACACAAGAAUCAUCAUCAUUAUCAUCAUCAAUCAUACAAAACACUGUGGUUGGAGCUUACAACGUUCUCAUCAAGUUGGGCUUUUUUCUAAGCUUCUGUGACGCAAGAGUCACCAUGAAGUGGCGUAACUCAUGCAAUUGAUAGGGGGUUUGGACUAUAUCGACAGUUUUGGAGUGUAUAGCAGCAAUGACAGGACCCAUCCACCUCAAACAGGCUUUUGGGAAUCUUAGCAAACAUAGAGAUGAAAGUGGCUGGCUUCAAGGUAGGAGAUGGGUUUUUGGGAAUCCUGACUGAAAAAUUAGACGUUGAAGGCAUCCAUAUAGUGUGAAGCACAGGAUAGUCUCAGCAGCGUCGCUGUGUUUUAUAUCGUUGGUAUUAUUCUAACUUGCAGUUAUUACUUCCAUGCCUUUCUAUCA